GGCCAGCUGGAGUGCUCCGCGCUUGCGCAGGUCCAGGGCGGCGGCUCAGGCUUCGGGUGGGCAUCGUCUGUUCCUUUCUGGUAUAGCCUAGAAUUCAGCGGAGAAACGCGGCUGAGGCAUGGGAGAGAAACUGAAGUAAAGCCCCAGUUAUGAGACAUGAUCAUAUUGAACUAUGGAGGCACCAGGAGAAGGUCCCUGCAGCGAGUCACAGGUCAUCCCGGUUCUGGAGGAAGACCCCGUGGACUAUGGCUGUGAGAUGCAGCUCCUGCAGGAUGGGGCACAGUUACAGCUGCAGCUGCAACCUGAGGAGUUCGUGGCCAUUGCAGACUAUACGGCCACCGAUGAGACACAGCUCAGCUUUUUGAGAGGAGAAAAAAUUCUUAUCCUGAGACAAACCACGGCGGACUGGUGGUGGGGCGAGCGCGCAGGCUGCUGUGGUUACAUCCCUGCGAACCACCUCGGCAAGCAACUGGAGGAAUACGACCCGGAGGACACCUGGCAGGACGAGGAGUACUUCGACAGCUAUGGAACUCUGAAACUUCACCUGGAAAUGUUGGCUGACCAGCCUCGGACCACCAAGUACCACAGCGUCAUCCUGCAGAACAAGGAGUCCCUGAAGGACAAGGUCAUCCUGGAUGUGGGCUGCGGCACCGGCAUCAUCAGCCUCUUCUGCGCACACCAUGCCCGGCCCAAGGCGGUCUACGCAGUGGAGGCCAGUGACAUGGCCCAGCACACCAGCCAGCUGGUCCUGCAGAAUGGCUUUGCUGACACAAUCACUGUGUUCCAGCAGAAGGUGGAGGACGUGGUGCUGCCCGAGAAGGUGGACGUGCUGGUGUCUGAGUGGAUGGGGACCUGUCUGCUGUUUGAGUUCAUGAUCGAGUCCAUCCUGUAUGCCCGGGACACAUGGUUAAAGGGGGACGGCAUCAUCUGGCCAACCACGGCCGCACUGCAUCUGGUGCCCUGCAGCGCCGAGAAAGACUACCACAGCAAGGUGCUCUUCUGGGACAACGCGUACGAGUUCAACCUCAGUGCACUCAAGUCUUUAGCAAUCAAGGAGUUCUUUUCAAGGCCAAAGUCGAAUCAUAUCUUGAAGCCAGAAGACUGUCUCUCUGAGCCAUGCACAAUCUUGCAGCUGGACAUGAGAACUGUGCAGGUCCCUGACCUGGAGACCAUGCGUGGCGAACUGCGAUUUGACAUCCAGAAGGCUGGGACCCUGCACGGCUUCACAGCUUGGUUCAGUGUGUACUUCCAGAGCCUGGAGGAGGGCCAGCCUCAGCAGGUGCUCAGCACAGGCCCGCUGCACCCGUUCCUGGGCAGGACAGGCUGUCAGUGCAGAGGACCUCGUUGGAGCUGCCAGAUGAGGCCUGUAGGUGACCGCAUGCUCCUGUCUUGCAGCACCACACACUGGAAGCAGACCUUGUUCAUGAUGGACGACCCAGUCCCGGUCCACACGGGAGAUGUGGUCACGGGUUCUGUUGUGUUACAAAGAAAUCCGGUAUGGAGAAGGCACAUGUCUGUCUCUCUGAGCUGGGUUGUCACGUCCGCACUCGAUCCCACGUCUCAAAGAGUUGGAGAGAAGGUCUUUCCGAUCUGGAGGUGACAGUUAAACAGGGCGUGGGAGCUGUGGUCACGGCAUGCAUCUCAGUGAAAGAAGAUGCACCUGGCCACCCACUGUGACAUCCACACUCACCCGUUCCAUGCUGACCCCUUCCCACCUAUCAGCUGACCUUUGGCCCCUCACAGCUCACCCGAAGUGUCAUGUCUCUCGUAGGCUGUGUAUAUAGGUGUUCAUCCUGUGGUGCCUGUCGGCUGCCAGUGGUGACCGUGUUCCCAGCUGGGAGUAGUUGUAGAUUCCCCCAGACACACAUUUCAGCCUGUGUACCUGUGACUGUGAUGUCCGCAUCUUGUGUCAGUGGUGUCCUUGAUGCCCUUGGCUAGCUGCUGUAUACCUGUGGACUGUGACUUGCAGAGCUGUGCUCCAAUAUGAGAGAUGGCCAUGCACCCGUGUCUCGGUGCAAGGACUGGAGGUGGCAGUGUGCCCAGUGGACUCUGCAUGGGUAGCCGCGUGUAAUGUCUAUGGGUAAAUUAUAUGUGGGACUUAGUACAUGCUCAAUAAAUAUUUUUUAACGAACAAA